AUGCCACUCGAGCAUGCCAACGAGUCUGGCGGAGAUUCAUUCCGAAAAACCUGCCUCGUACCCUAUGUGGACAUUGACUCGGCUCCUCCUGUCAUUAAAGAGAAACUGCAGGUCCUCCCAUUUCGACGAAACAUUCUCCUGACGCUGGCUCAUUCUCACGGCUUGUUUCCACAUUUUAGCGGCCUUCUUGGUGCUUGCUUCGAUGGGAAACAGCGUAAACUUCCGAUUUUCGAUUGGCAGCUGAUCGUGCUACGCAUUGCUACGAUCCUCAAUGCCAAGUAUGAGUUUGAUGUCAAUCAACCUGUGGCUGAGGUAUAUGGGUUUUCGAAAGAAAAGAUGGAUGCUAUCGGCUGCUCUAUUGGAGAGGUAUCGGAUGGUGGAGGUCCGUGGACUGAUCGGGAUCGGGUGAUUCUUCGCCUUAUCGAUGAACAACUGGCGACUUACGACAAUGAGCCUGAGACAGUUAAGGAUGCUCUAAAAUUGCUGUCUGUGGAGGAAAUAGUUGAGGUUUUAAUGAUGAUUGGGAUCUAUGCUUUAUUGGCUCGCGUGAUUAAGGGCUUGAGGGUGGACGAUGACCAGCCGAUUCCUGAUUUGAAGGAUAAAAUCAGGACUGCAAUUACUAGUUGA